AUGGUGGAGCCAUUGGCCUGGAUUGGGGAUAUCCGAGCUGGCACCACUGUCUCCUAUGGGAACCAGAUCAAGGCCAGCUGCCGCUUGAUAGCGUUUAAUGCUGAUUCAGCAGGUGUGUUGGGUGUCGUACCCCUGGACUGCCAAGAUGGAGGCAAGAGGGCUGUGUCUCAGCUGCGCUGCCAUUCAGAUACGGUGACAGACUUUGACUUCUCUCCAUUUGACCAGCUGUUACUGGCGACAGGCUCUGCUGAUAAGACGGUGAAAGUGUGGUGUCUGUCUGAAAAUGGCCAGGACUUGCCUGCCUGUGCGGGGGUGAUCCUGGGGCCUGAGGGGUGCCAAGUGGACAUGCUCCAGUUCCAUUCCACUGCAGAUGGUGUGCUGGCGAGCGGAGCUGGCAGGACAGUGAAGAUCUGGGACGUGGCCCAGCAGCAGUCCCUGACAGAACUGGAAUCUCAUGGUGACCAGCUCCAGAGUUUGGCCUGGAAACAAGAUGGUGCCCUCCUUGGCACUUCCUGUAAGGACAAGAAGCUAAGGAUCUUUGACCCAAGAGCCAAGCCUGCUGCCUCACAGAGUGUGCAGGGACAUGAGAACAACAAGGAUUCCAGGCUGAUCUGGAUGGAUGCCAGUGACUACCUCCUCUCUGUUGGAUUCAACCAG